AUGGCGUCUAGUGGAGAGCCGAAAUCGGACGAAGAAGAGCGUCAAGCCGUCUUUCAGGAUGAGGAACUUCACGAUCAGCUGCGCGAUGGUGAUAAUGUUGUUGUUGCUAGUGAUGUUGACAAUGUGGUCGUACAUUCUGGUGUGGUCGAAGUACAUCAGCAGCCGCAUCUAACCCUUGCGCGAGAUCCUGUUAGCGAGAUGAUUUCAAGAAUCGAGACCGAGAUCGAGAAGGAAGAGGAAAAUGAUCAACGGCAAUCCGUGCCUCCACCGCAGGAGUUCUACCAAGAGCCUUAUCAGCCGAGUUCUCUCAGCGAGCCCACAUCGAGUCGUCUGUCCUCUACAAGGAGUCAGAUAGUUCCUGCACUAAGUUCAACGGGUGGAGGGUCGACUUCGACGCAUAAAUCUUCUGGUGUAAUGCCUGUUCAUAUAGAGGAAAGCACUUCGGAGCCUGAAGCAGACCAUGAGAAGGUAGCUGCAGACAAGGAGACUAUCAAUAGAAUGAUGGCCAACGUAGAGAGUCUCUAUGAGAGUGCUCGGAGCCAGCUCGGCCACACUCCUAGACAAGGUGGAGAAGGCGAGGCGCGAACGCAGAGUAGUCGGAUGAAAAUUGUUAUGGCCGCCUUGUUGAUGUGAUACAGAUACUGAUAGUGAUUUGGUAGACUUGGCAACCGUUCACUCAUUACUUACAGCGGAGUUCACUAGCAAAGGAGAUCAGAGCCUGCGCUACUGAUACCCAAACGAAAGUUUCUUGUCCUAGCGUCCAGCCAUUCUGUUGGUCUUGGUAUGAAAAGAAAUGUUUCCUCUAAGAAGAAGAUUGACGAGGGUGGUGACCUUCCACAGGUAGAGCUUCCGCCUGCCGCCGAUGUCGAUAGCGAGCUUCAUGCCGCGCCGAAAAGCUCGUCUACCAUGCGAACGUCUACAGCUUGGGCUGAAGCAUCAAAUACUAGGAACAGCGCCCCUCCAGCACGACAUGGGGAUUACGAGCGCCGUGUAGAGGCUGAGUUACAGCAUCAGACGCCGUCACUUAAUAGCAGCAGUCAAUUUUUCACGGUGUCACAAAUGGCCGCGGCUCACAGUCACAAUAGUCAGCAUAGCACGUCAAAUACAACAAAUCCGAUGAACAUGAAUCGCGGAUCAGUACAGCAACCAGCUUCCUUCGGAGGUGGAGCGACUUCGAGGAUGCCAUCCGCUUCGCCUAUCGCUUCACCAAUGGGCUCGUCUCGUGGAUCUUUAGUAGCCUCUAGUGGUCUCCUCGAUUUAAGGCUGCAACGUAUCCAUCUUCCACAACAUCCUGGUGCCGUUUUUAAAGGGAAAACGGGCGCGCAGACGGUCGUGAAGAUGGAUUUGUGGUAGCUCUAAUUAAUGCGCCGCCAGGGGUCAAUCACGUAAUUGAUCCUCGCGUGCUUCGAACAACAUCUUCGUCGCACUUGCGCGCCAGUGGGGUGCGACUUGGAGGCGGGGAUAGGAUGUUGACUAGUAGUCCGCUCUUGCAGAACAGAACUAGCAGCCCGCUCUUGCAGAACAGGGUGAGUAGUCCGUUGUCGCGGGAAAAUAGCUUGCUCAACGCGUUGGGGUUACAAAGCAGUGAGAACAGUCCGGUUCAGAGAAUCAGCCAUGCCGUGGGUAAAAACAACAGCAGCACGAGCAACGCUAUGGAUACGCCGCCUAGUGGUCCAACGGAUUUACAACACGUAGAACCACCUCCACAACGCGGGAAUGCGGCCAUGAUGUACUACGAGGCAAGCGAGAGCUCUAUGUCCGAGUCAGCAGUUGGUUCACCACCUGCUCGAGGUCGGCGUGUUUUGCGGGCCACAAAGCGAAAAGAGGAGAAGUCGGAUCGUAGUAAACGGUUAUAGGAGC